GGGCGGACCGGGGAGGGCGGAAGGAGCUCCAGGCCGGAAGGAGGCCGCGGAGGGCGGGAGGCAGGAGCGGGCCCGGAGCUGCUGGGCCGGAGCGGCGGAGCCGCCAUGUCCGACAGUGAGAAGCUCAACCUGGACUCGAUCAUCGGGCGCCUGCUGGAAGUGCAGGGCUCGCGGCCUGGGAAGAAUGUACAGCUGACGGAGAAUGAGAUCCGUGGCCUGUGCCUCAAAUCCCGGGAGAUUUUCCUGAGCCAGCCCAUCCUUCUGGAGCUGGAGGCACCCCUCAAGAUCUGCGGUGACAUCCAUGGCCAGUACUACGACCUUCUGCGGCUGUUCGAAUACGGGGGCUUCCCUCCAGAGAGCAACUACCUCUUCCUGGGGGACUAUGUAGACCGGGGCAAGCAGUCGCUGGAGACCAUCUGCCUGCUGCUGGCCUAUAAGAUCAAGUACCCCGAGAACUUCUUCCUGCUCCGUGGGAACCACGAGUGUGCCAGCAUCAACCGCAUCUACGGCUUCUACGAUGAGUGCAAGAGGCGCUACAACAUUAAACUGUGGAAAACCUUCACCGACUGCUUCAACUGCCUGCCCAUUGCAGCCAUCGUGGACGAGAAGAUCUUCUGCUGCCAUGGAGGUCUGUCCCCCGACCUACAGUCCAUGGAGCAGAUUCGGCGCAUCAUGCGGCCCACAGACGUGCCUGACCAGGGGCUGCUAUGUGACCUGCUGUGGUCUGACCCCGACAAGGACGUGCAGGGCUGGGGCGAGAACGACCGUGGCGUCUCCUUUACCUUUGGGGCUGAGGUGGUGGCCAAGUUCCUACACAAGCACGACUUGGACCUCAUCUGCCGGGCACACCAGGUGGUAGAAGAUGGCUAUGAGUUCUUUGCCAAGCGGCAGCUGGUGACACUCUUCUCAGCUCCCAACUACUGCGGCGAGUUUGAUAAUGCUGGCGCCAUGAUGAGUGUGGACGAGACGCUCAUGUGCUCCUUCCAGAUCCUCAAGCCCGCCGACAAGAACAAGGGGAAAUAUGGGCAGUUCAGUGGCCUGAACCCUGGUGGCCGGCCCAUCACCCCACCCCGUAACUCCGCCAAAGCCAAGAAAUAGCCUCCACGUGCCCGCGCUCUGCCCUAGAUGGUGGAUUGUACAGAAACCACGCAGCAUGUGGGGGGUCAUGCUGACUUCCUAGGCCUGCUGUCACAGGGAACAUGGAGCCUUGAUGUUUUUUUCCUUUUUUUUAAUGAAUCAAUAGCAGUGUCCAAGCCCCCAGGGCUCCCUCUGCCUGUGCCUCGGUGGCUGCAAGCAGGAUCCUGGGGCUGAGGCUGCAGCUCAGGGCAAAGCAGGGCCAGAUUGUGGGUCUCCAGCCUUGCUUGGCCUCAGGGCUGGCAGCCGGAUCCUGGGCAACCCAUCUGGUCUCUUGAAUAAAGGUCAAAGCUGGA